UAAGCCACAAGAAGAGAAUAGAGAAGAAUUUGGGAAAAUGUCCUGCACAAUUGAGAUCCAAGCAGCAUUUAUUCUCGCCUCACUAGUGACCUUCAUCAGCGGACUUGUCAUCUUAUUCAUUUUCAGACUAUUAGGCAAAGUCAUAAAAAAAUGGCAAAACAAGAAAACAGGAAUUUUCUGGAAACUAUUCGUAGCACAGACUGUCCAAUUAAAAAGAUUUCAUUUUUAUGGACACGGAGCAUUUCAUAAUCGUAUAGACAUGUUGCUUUCUGCACAGACCUUAGUGGGGCAAGUGUUGGUGAUCCUUGUCUUUGUUCUAAGCAUCGGAUCCCUUCUCAUCUAUUUCGUCAACUCUACUGACCCUGUUGGAAGCUGUUCUUCAUAUGAAGACAUAACCAUCCCUAUUGAUUUGUUUUUCAAUGCGUUCUUUAGUUUCUAUUUUGGGCUGAGAUUUUUGGCAGCUGGUGACAAGCUCAAGUUCUGGUUAGAGAUGAAUUCAAUUGUAGACAUUUUUACCAUCCCACCAACCUUCAUUUCUUAUUACUUGAAGAGUAAUUGGCUAGGGUUAAGGUUCCUAAGAGCUUUACGACUGCUAGAACUCCCUAAAAUAUUGCAAAUUCUACAGGUCAUCAAGACCAGUAAUUCAGUGAAGUUUUCCAAGCUGUUAGCAAUAGUUCUCAGUACCUGGUUCACGGCUGCAGGAUUCAUUCACUUGGUAGAAAAUUCUGGUGAUCCUUGGCUCAAAGGUAGAAAUUCGCAGAAUAUAUCAUAUUUUGAGUCCAUCUACCUGGUCAUGGCAACAACGUCAACAGUUGGCUUUGGAGAUGUGGUGGCCAAGACAAACCUAGGAAGGACCUUCAUCAUAUUCUUCACCCUAGGGAGUCUGGUACUGUUUGCCAACUAUGUCCCUGAAAUGGUAGAACUUUUUGCUAACAAGAGGAAAUACACCACGUCCUAUCAAGUGGUCAAAGGAAAGAAGUUCAUCGUGGUCUGUGGAAACAUCACUGUUGACAGUGUGACUGCCUUCCUGAGGAAUUUUCUCCGCAACAAGCCAGGGGAAAUCAACACUGAGAUUGUUUUCCUGGGAGAGGUCCCUCCUUCUUUGGAGUUGGAAACCAUAUUUAAAUGUUACAUGGCCUAUACAACUUUUGUCUAUGGAUCUGCCCUGAAGUGGGAGGACCUGAGUCGGGCUGCGGUGGAGUAUGCAGAAGCAUGCCUGAUUAUAGCCAACCCUUUGUGCAGUGACUCUCACGCUGAAGACACUUCAAACAUUAUGAGGGUGCUGUCUAUCAAGAACUAUUACCCGAAGGCCAGAAUCAUCAUACAGAUUCUGCAUUCCCAUAACAAGGCUUUGCUGCCAAAGAUUCCCACCUGGAACUGGAGCUCCGGAGACAACAUCAUCUGCUUUGCUGAGCUGAAGCUUGGACUUAUCGCACAGGGUUGCUUGGUACCAGGCUUGUGCACCUUUCUUACAUCUCUAUUUAUUAAGCAAAACCAAAAGGUUACUCCUAAACAGCCCUGGCAAAAGUCUUUUUUGAAUGGCCUGAAGAACAAAAUUGUGACUCAGCGUCUUUCAGAUGACUUUGCUGGAAUGAGUUUUCCUGAGGUUUCCCGGUUCUGCUUUGUGAAGAUGAACCUAAUGCUGAUAGCCAUCGAGUACAAACCCCUCCUGCAGAGUGGUUUCUGUGGUCUGAUUCUAAAUCCACCUGUGCAAGUUAAGCUGCGUAAGAACACAUUAGGAUUCUUUAUUGCUGAGUCUCUGAAAGAAGUCAGCAGAGCCUUCUUUUACUGUUCCAACUGUCACAGAGAUGUCUCCUCUCCUGAACUAAUUACAAAAUGUGGCUGCAGAAGCAGGAGCCGGCAGCACCUCUCAGAACGGAAUUUGCAGUAUGAUACGACACAAGACGCCGACCAGCUUGAUAGCAGUGGCAUGUUUCACUGGUGCAAGUCAACCCCUUUGGACAAGGUGAUUCUGAAACGUACUGACAAGUCAAAACACGAGUUUCGGAACCACAUUGUAGCAUGUGUGUUUGGAGAUGCCCACUCAACCCUGAUGGGACUCCGGAAUUUUGUGAUGCCCUUGAGAGCUAGCAACUACACCCGGCAGGAGCUGAAGGACAUUGUGUUCAUUGGGUCUCUGGAUUACCUUCAGAGAGAAUGGCGAUUUCUCCGGAAUUUUCCCCAGAUAUACAUUAUGCCUGGAUCUGCAUUCUAUACCGGAGACCUGCAUGCAGUUAACAUAGAGGACUGCUCCAUGUGUGUUAUCUUAGCCCCAUCACCCAAGCAAUCCCACAGCCAGACUCUGGUGGACACAGAGACCAUCAUGGCCACACUCAAUAUCAGAUCACUACGGAUCAGCUCCCCUCCCCAGGCAACCUCAGUGACAGGUCAGAAAAAAGGGAUUUCAUCUGACUUUAAUGAAUACAAGAAAUCAAAAUACCAAAACCGACGAAUCCCCAUCCUCACUGAGCUGAAAAAUCCUUCCAACAUUCACUUCAUUGAACAAAUUGGUGGGCUAGAAGGGUCCCUCACAGGAACCAGCCUUCAUCUCAGUACCUCCUUUGCCACAGGAGCUGUCUUUUCUGGCAACUUCUUGGAUUCCCUCCUGGCCACGGCCUUCUACAAUUAUCAUGUCCUGGAAUUACUUCACAUGUUGGUGACAGCAGGGGUCAGCUCCCAGGUGGAACAUCAUUUAGACAAGACGUUUUGUGGGAUGCCUGACAGCUGUACUACAUUCUUAUCUGGAAGGAUGCGUUGUAAACUGGGCCUUCUGUCUUUAGACCAAACCAUUUUAUCAGAUAUUCAACCAAAAAGAACUUUUGGACAACUGUUUUGUGGCUCAUUAGAUAAUUUUGGAAUCCUGUGUGUUGGCUUGUACCGCAUGAUAGAAGAUGAGGCAAACAAUCCAGAAAACAAAAGGGGAGUAUGCUGGUUUGUGAUUACCCGACCAGCCAGGGACAUUAGGCUGCUGCCCUCAGACCUUGUGUUUUGCGCCAUCCCUUUCAGCACUGACUGUUACAAAAAGAGUGAUGCUUCUACAAUUCAAUCUCAAUCUGAAGUUAUAAAUAUGGUGCCAAUGACACCAAAAACACUUCCAAAUGUAAGUUGCCCUCCCACAAUAUUUAUAGCUGAUAACCAGGGUAUCUGUCAAUGGAGAGCUGUUCUUGGUGAAGAUCAGAUGGUCUCUGGCCCAGGAGGAUAUGGCACCAAGGUCCACUACAAAGACAGUACCAUUUCCUUUUCCAAUUUUAUGCACAUAGCAGAUUGA